GGGGCGAAGCGAAGGCUGGGGCUCCAGGUGAGUUCUCCGCGGCCGCAAGCAGGGCGAUGGAGGCGCCGCCGCAGGGCGGACCAGGCGUCGAGGCGGCUGCCGCCUGCAAGGCCAGCGAGGGCCCGGAGAGGCGUGUCGCGGUGCCCCGGCCGCCCUCCAUCGAGGACUUCACCAUUGUCAAGCCCAUCAGCCGGGGCGCCUUUGGGAAAGUCUACCUGGGCCGCAAAGCAGGGAGGCUGUACGCCGUCAAGGUAGUCAAAAAAGCUGAUCUGAUCAAUAAGAAUAUGGUCCAUCAAUUACAGGCAGAGAGAAAUGCCUUGGCUCUUAGCAAAAGUCCUUUCAUUGUACACUUAUACUACUCACUUCAGUCUGCCAACAAUGUCUAUUUGGUAAUGGAGUAUCUCAUUGGUGGAGAUGUUAAAUCGCUCCUCCAGAUAUAUGGUUAUUUUGAUGAAGAAAUGGCUGUGAAAUAUAUUUCUGAAGCUGCACAGGCUCUUGAUUACCUCCACAGGCAUGGAAUAAUUCACAGAGACCUGAAGCCAGACAACAUGCUGAUAUCAAAUGAGGGUCACAUUAAGUUGACAGACUUUGGCUUGUCCAGAGUUGCUCUGAACAGAGAGAUAAACAUGGUGGAUAUCCUCACGACCCCAUCAAUGCCUAAACCGAAGCAAGAUUAUUCACGGACUCCAGGGCAAGUGUUGUCUCUUAUCAGCAAUUUGAGUUUUUACACCCCAGUUGGAGCUAAAAUCCAUGCACCUAGUCCAAGCCCUAUUUCUAUGGAUACGCCUAGGCUGUCUCAAGGACGUGUUUCCCCGCUCUCUGUGAACCACAAAGACUGUACUUCUGCAUCAAGUAAGAUGCUGACCGCAUGCCUUGAUUCUUCAAUUGUUAUGCCUGUUAAGAGUCUGACGCCAAGUCUGCUUCAGGCCCGGAAAAGGUAUGGGACCUCAAGCGCUAGUAGCCUUUCCCGCACCCAGCUGUCCAGCAUGGAGUCUGAGUGCUGUAGCAGUCCCAGGUGGGAGAAAGACUCACAGGAAGCAGACGACAUAUUCUACUCUGCCGACGGCCAAGUGACUUUACCAGAGAUGCUUCAUAAUACAGACUUACUGUUUACCAGUGACACUAAAGCCUUGAAGAGGAAAACACUGGAGUCUGUCAUAUCCCCUAUUAGCAGCAAUGACUCGGGGAGCAGGCAUGAAAGAAAAGCGGAACGAUCGGAUGUACGCGAUGCCUCUGUAAGGACUUGUGAUGUGAAAGACCUGGUCCGAAAAUGCCUUUCGGAAUACAAAGAGUGGGAAGGAAAACUUGGCGCCGAUAAACCUGCCCUGGCUAAGGGGGGAGCAGCAUCUUCUGAUGGGCAGAUGUCACCUUCGUGUUUGGCCAACCUUGUCAAUGAAAAGAAAGAGGCGGCAAGGUUGGAUGAGAAGCCUCGUGUCAAAAGAAGCUUUGAAUUGGUUGACACUAGUCCCUCUCAGAAACGCGCUCUUUUUAAAAAAACUAAUGGAGAAUACAGACGUGGUUGUAAAAUUGUCGAUAUCCCCAAGAAGCAAUGCACAACUUUAACUGCUGAAAUCAAUCGCUUAAAACUUGCUGGUGACGACGGUCUACGGGAGAUGUAUGCAGAUAACAGUCAAGCAAAAGACUUCGGUUGCCCUGACCAAAACGAGGGUGGAAAACCAAAACCCCCUUUAAUAGCUAAGAAUCUUAUGCACGAUCUGGAUCCAGAUGGUGGAAAGGACAGGAAAAAGGAGCACUCGAGUUCCAGCUUCUUAUGCAUUGAUGAUGAAAAGCCCUUAGCAAGCGUGAGUGUGGAUUCUGAUCUCUCUCUUCCAGAAGUGUCUGCCGCCAUGAUGCAUUUAGAAAAGCACUCGUCUAAUUCAGCUGGGAGCAUUAAAGACCACACCUUUGAAGAACUGAAAACCGAGGAUGUGUCUGAGACGUCGCUUAGCUGUGCAGGUGCAUCGCCAAGCGGGGACAAAGCACUUACCGUCCGGGAAGGCAAGCAAUUGCAGCAUGAGCAGGACAGGAGUUUGCAAGGUGCGCCUGAGACGCAGACCAACACCCAUUUUUCUCCGUCGGUGGAGAUGAUGAGAACACUGACUCUCUUCAAAAAAAACAUGGUCGCCUUCCGUAGUUACAGCAGCUCAAUCAAUAUGUCUAAUAUAUCUGAGCCAUCAAGAAUUAGCACAAUUUCUGUAGACGGAAUGGAUGUCUCGGCUUGCAGUGGCUCUUAUCCUAUGGCUAUUACACCGGCACCAAAGGGAAACCCCUACAGAGUUUAUCAGACCCCUAAUCAGGGGAAUGCUGGCACACCGUACAGGACUCCAAAGAGCGUUCGAAGAGGGGCUGCCCCAGUCGAGGGAGAACGCAUUUUAGGGACCCCAGACUACUUGGCACCUGAGCUGCUCUUGGCAAAGGCUCAUGGUCCAGCCGUAGACUGGUGGGCGCUUGGAGUUUGCCUCUUUGAGUUUUUAACCGGAAUCCCUCCGUUUAAUGAUGAGACACCAUCACAAGUAUUCCAGAAUAUUCUUAAAAGGGAUAUUCCGUGGCCUGGGGGUGAAGAGAAGCUGUCUGACGAUUCCCAGAAUGCAAUUGAUAUUCUUUUAACUAUUGACAGCACAAAGCGAGCUGGGCUGAAGGAGCUGAAAAUUCACCCCUUCUUUUAUGGCAUAGACUGGGAUAACCUGCAGAAUCAAGCCAUGCCCUUCAUUCCACAGCCAAUUGAUGAAACAGACACUUCUUAUUUUGAUGCAAGGAAUAACGCUCAGCAUCUAACAGUAUCCGGAUUCAGCUUGUAAUAUCAAGAAAAUGGAGUGCUCUUUAGGGCUGUGCGUUUGUAAAGCCUCCUCGAAACACUAGUUUACUUUUGGUUUUGUAAACGUUUAGCUUUUAAACUAUCACCUACUUUUUAACUGUGUUUUUCCUACAAGCUGGAUUGAAGCUUUUUUGCUCCAGACAGUUUCUGCACCUUAUGUAAAGCCAAGUAUGAUGGACAACGUAGUAGAAGGACUCACUUUCACAUACAACAAAAUGUGGAUUUCCGCUGCUAGGGAGUAUUUCUAAUGCUGGGAAAGAGGAGCUGUCAUUCCAGCAUUACUUUUGGGGAGGGGGCUAAAUGCAUGGGGUCUACCAUCUUUCAUGUGCCUGUGGUUCAAAAGUAGGGUGGGGAUUUGCUUGAAUCUGCUUGAAAUUGUUUUUCAGGUGCCUUUUCCAAUGCCAAUUGUUGUUUUUUUCAGUGCAGCCCAGAGGACCUUGACUGUCUCCAGUGUGCUUUCUUUUAGAUUAUGAAACGUUUCAGGCACUUUAAGUCAUUUAUAAACUACCUAUUCUGCUGCUAAACGAUCAGUGUCCUAAAUUCUCUUUCAGUUUAUUGCCUGUGUUCAUUCCCCCCGCACUCCGCUGACCUUUGAAACUGUGGCAAAAGAGAAAAAAAAGCCAUGUAGAUUUUAAUGUUCCUACUGAAAAGACUUGGAGGCUGUUGUUGCUCGUAAAUGAUGCACUUUUAUAAUUUUAAACACAAAAAAAGUUGGAGGCUCCAUUUGGUCAUUUUAAAAAAGCCACAUGUUUAAAACAGCCUAAUUAAAACGUGAGAAUCGAAAACAGUAUAUUAAAACCCACCUAACAUAUUUAUACGAUUCAGUGAAACAAAACAUCUGAUUUUGUUUCAGUACACAUUGAAUUAAAACUGGCAUAUUGUGUAUUUAAAAUAAAAAUUUCUCUGUAUAGUAGAUAAA